AUGAAUGAUGUAAUACCAUUAUCAUCAUCAUCAACUAGUAGUAGUAGUACUACAUCGACAAAUACAAAUACUACUUCAACAAAGAAUAAGAAGAAGAAACAGUUGGUUCAUGGUGAUGAUCAGCAGAAGGUCAAUAAUACGACCAACCCAUUAUCAUUUCAACAAUACUUGAAUAAUGCUUCUUCACAAACAAAAAAGGAUACUAAUGUUGAUAAUAUAAAUAAGAAGAAAAAGAAAAAGAAGAAGAAGAUAAAAUUGGUGAAUGCUGCUCCAAAUGUUGGAGUGUCUCAUCAUCAUCCUCCACCAAGUGCAAUCAGCAUUGAUGAAUCAAUACAACAAAAAAUCAUUCAAAACAAGAAACUAAAGAACCCAAAGAACAAGUUGUUUGUAGUUCGUGAUACACCAAAGAUAAAGAAACCAACAACACUCAAAAGGAAUAUCUUAUUGUACAAAGAAACAAAGGAGAAAUUAAUUGAACAACAAAAACAAGAUCAACAAGAACAAGAAAUCAAUCAGCCGGUGGUGGUGGUGGUGGAUCAAGAACCAACAUCAUCCAUCCCAUUUCCUCCUCCUCCUCUUCCAACAAAUGACAAUGAUCAUGGUUGUAGUGCACAACCAAAUCAUUUAAUUGAAAAAUUGGAAACCAUAUCAUUGGAGAAUCAAAAUCCAGAACAACAACAAGAAGAUGUAAAUCAUCAAACUAGUAUAGUGAAUGGAGAAGAAGAAGACAAAUUUUUAAUGGAAUUUAAACAAGAUUAUAUUAAUCAAAUUAUAAAUCAAGAGAUUAAUGAAAAGGCAAGGGAAUUUAUAAUUAGAAUUAAAACAAUGCAAGAUAAUUAUACAAAGAAUAAUCCAAAGAAACCAAAAAAGAGAUUUAUAACUGGAUUGAGAGAGAUUGAGAGGGACGUCGAUUGUGACAAGAUAUCGUGUGUCAUUAUAGCACCAAAUAUCGAUGAUGUUGGAUGCGAGGGUGGAUUGAACCCAAUGAUUCAAUCCAUCAUUCGAAUGUGUCGAAAGAAACAAAUACUCUAUACCUUUGCGCUGUCCAAACGAAUCAUUGGCAGGUUGUUACAUGUACCCAUCAAGAUUAGUGCAUUUGGCGUACUCAGUCAUGACGGUGCUCAUGACCUCUAUAGACAAUUGGAUCUAUUGACACAACGUGCCAGAACAACAUUUAGAGAAAACUAUAAUCAAACUGUAAAGUUGCAUGGACAGGAAGCACAGAAACAAAUACAACAACAUCAAACGUCGACCAAGGAAAUCAACCAAACUGUCAACAAGGAGAUAAAAUCAAUUGGCCAAAAACAUAAAGACACCCUUAAAAUACAUAAACAAGCUAGAGAGGAAAAAGACAAGAUCGAACAGGAAAAGAGGGAUCGUAUCAAAGAACAAAAGAAACAAAAACUACUUCAAGAACAACAAUUAAAAUUACAACAAAAACAAUUGGAAAAACAAAAACAAUUGGAUUUAUUACAAGAUCAAUUAGAGAAUAGUCAUGUUGUGACCACUAGUACAACUUCAACAAAUAAUAAUAAUAAGAAAAAAUCAUCAUCCUCUCAACAUCAAUCCAAACAACAACAAAAACAAGAUGCAAUGAUUAAAAAAGGUGAAGUUUCAGAUCAAUUACUAUAUAGUAAUACAAAUACUGGUGGUGUAUCGAGUAUUAAUAAUACUGGAAUGAUGUCAGAUCAUCAAAAACCUAAAAAGAAAAAGUAG